UUCUUCUCCCCGACCACACAUCUCUCUCUCUCUCCCAUCUCGUUUCAUCCUUUCUCUGCACUGCAUCGCUGCUCUCUCUCUCUCUCCCAUUUCGUCUUUCCUUUCUCUGCGCUGCGCCGCUGCUCCAGCCACUCCCCGUCCGCAAGCAGCGUCAUGCCCUGCGACGAAGACGAGAGCAAGGCGGAGUUGCAACCAUGGCGACGGGGGAGCUGCGACGGCAGCGCCCGGUGCUACAACCGUGACGGCAUAAGCUGCAUCCACCUGCCCCCCGCUGCUCCGGCGAGCACCACACCCACCUGCGUCGUGCUGCUCCGGCGAGCGGCCGCAUCCACCUCCCACCGCGUUGCACCAGCGAGCAGCCGCAUCCACCUCCCACCGCGCUGCUACGGCGAGUGCCUCACCUCCACCUGCCCCCAUUUUGCUCCGGUGAGCGACGCGCCUCCACCUGUGCUGGAAUGGCGGCUGCACCAUGGACUAGCGGAAGAGAUGCUGGAAAUAGCCCUGGCGGGAGCUGCAGUCGGCGAUAUUUUUUGCUACAUCUGGUUACUAUUUUUGCUGGAAUCAACAACAUUUUUUUUGCUACGAUCCACAUUUAGAGUGCUUUUUGCUGAAACCGCUCCCAAAUUUUGCUACCAUGGUUUUGUUUUUUGCUACAACCAUUGCAUCCCCUGUCUUUUGAUUUUUUUGCUAGAUCCAUCUAUAUGCUGGAACAAUUCCAAGUUUUGCUACCACGGUUUUUUAUUUUUGCUACUGCCGUCUUAGUUCUUGCUAUCAUCCCUGUUUUUGAUUUUUAUUUUUUUUUGCUGGAUCCAUCCUUUUGCUGGAACCACUCUAUUUUUUGCUACCACGGUCUUUGAAUUUUGCUACCACCGUCUUUAUUUUUUGCUACAACCUUAUCUUUGAUUUGUUUUGUUGGAUCCAUCUUUUUGCUGGAAUCACUCCCAAAUUUUGCUACCAUCGUUUUGUUUUUUGCUUCCACUGUCUUUGAUUUGUGCUACCACCCAUCUUUUUGAUUUUUUGCUGGAUCUAUAAUAUUGCUUGAAGGGAUUGAACCAGCUAUUUAUUCUGUGGAAACCAGCGAUUUGUUUUGUUGGAACAACUUCUUUUCAGAGCGGGAUGCACCAGCGACGACGGUGGUGGUGCACCAGCGACGACGAUGACCAGUUGACGGGAUUGACGACGGCUGGUGGCGAUGCUGGAAACGCCCACCCGGCGGUGCUACAACCAGUGGGGGUGGAGACACUCGUCGAGCUGCAAAGGCCUGGCGCACUGGACAUAUUUGUUUCGACAGGAGGGUGGGGCAGCACCGGCGAGGGGCGCGCGGGAGGCUACUGUUGACGGCAGGGGCGUGGAGCGCGUGCUGCACGACGACGGCGAGGCAAGCCAGAGGGAAACUUCGAUCUGCCAGUGGGAGGGGCGCGGCCUUGCCCGAUGCGAGCGGGCGGCUUUUCUUUUGUUUCCUGUGGCGAAGGAAGAAAACAUUGCGGGAUCUGAUCGAGCGGCUGUGGAUGCAUGUAUCGGGCGGCUAGGGGCCGACCGGCCGAAAGGUUUCGGCGGGCGCGCCGGCGCUUAGUGGUCGCCUUACAUGAUCUGUUUGGUUGAAGCGGAUUGGUUCCGUCUUUGGAAACCAGCCGGAGCCGGUACGGGCGAUGUAAUCGGAAAUCGCGAACCAAAGACGUCUAGAUGGAGUAAGUUCCUGACGGACACGGACGGACCAGGUCGCCAUAUAAUCAGAUCCAGACGUUUCUUCUUUCUCCCCCCAAAAAGAGAUCGUUAUCCAGAGUGCCAGACGCGCUCCGCAGCAGACAUCGAAGAACCCUACUUCAUGGCCACGACGCAGCAGCAGCCGUGGUUGGUACAAUUCAACGGGACAAGCAAACCCAUCUUCGUCGCGCCGUUCGACGGAUGUCGCCGCUGGGACGAGGCGCCGGACAUGCCGGUGUUGCAAGGAAAACGAUGCCUCGGCCGGGACGGAGACUGGUCGCUCAUGCUCGACGACCGCACCAACGAGUGCUCCCUCGUGAACUUCGCUGAUACGUCGUCGGAACCCAUCGUGAUCGCUCUCCCGCCGUUGCCUGACGAGCCAAAGCUGCAUCUACAGUUCGGCUGCGCGCUCUCGGGGCAAACCCCGCCCGACUGCACCGUCCUGCUCGACUUCGUCGGGGAGACGUUCCUCCUCCACUGCCGCCCCGGUGACCCCGAGUGGUCCCGUCUUCCUGUGGAGCUCGUCGAUGAGAAUGAUUGGUUCGACGGCCCUAUAACCCGUGGCUACCAGGGGAAGAUGUACGCGACGACCAUGUUAUCCUUUGUGGCCGUGGACGCAUCCAACUUGGCGCCGGUGGUCGAGAGGGCGGACAUGACGCCCCCACCCCCGUGCCCAGUCCAUACUGCGUACAAGUGCUACCCGGUGCCGUGUCCCGAUGGCGAGCUCUUCUCGGUGCGCUGCUGCAUCUUUGGGUGCCCGCAGGCCGUGGUGGAUGUGAAGGUUUUUCGAUGGAACGAUGAAGAAAAUGCGUGGGAGACUGUCGAAACCAUCGGGGACAAAACGUUCUUUGUAGGCAGGUUUAAUUUUGUGGUCCUGUCGGCGGCUGAAGCAGGAACCCAACCUAACUGCAUCCAUGUGCUGCGUGAAGUUUGCGGUGAAUUUGGAAUCUACACCGUGUCUCUGGAUGAUGCGACCAUUUGGCUCAGUAUAGUCGAGGGAUGCGACGAUGAUGACGAUGAUGGUGAGGACCAGGUUUUCUGGGCUCUUCCCACUAGCUUUGGUCUGGAAGCAGCACGAACUAUCCAAACUUCUGAUAAUGUCUCCAACGAAGUGACGCAUACAAGAAUUGAACAUUGCUGCGGAGAGCAAGAAAAAGAAGACAUGACGAUGAGCACUGUGAGGCGGUGGUGUGAUCUCCAUACUGACUUGUUGCAGUUACUAGUACCUAAGAUUUCAUUCAUCGAUUUACUACACCUGAAAGCUGUCUGCAAGCAGUGGAACUCCAUUAAGAGCCCGAUCCAGCAUGCAAAAGUGUCGCCAUUGCUGAUGACAACUCGGCCAGCAAGAAGGACCAAGGAGGACCUUAUCGAGAUCUUCGAUCCAGUCGGCGAGAAGAAGUAUAGUAUCAGGGUAAAUAUCCCUACUUCGGGUCUCAAAUCUCAAGGGUCGCAGUUACUGCAUUUCACAAAGAACGGUUGGGUCAUCGUGUCGAGAGGCGGCGACCGCAUGUUCUUCCUAGUGAAUCCGUUCAAGAACUACCCUAAUGGUGGCCAUGUGAUCGCUCUUCCACCUUUGGAUGUCACUGGUCUCAAAGGAUUGUCCUUUUCUUCGGUGCCGGGUUCUCCGGAUUUUGUGGUUCUUGCCGCAGGAUCUACCCCAAGCAGCAAAGUUGUCAUGAUAAAGACAUGGCGAAUGGGAGAUGAAGAGUGGAAGGAAGAAUUCCUAAGCGACGAUGACGCGCCGUUCUUCAUGGCAUCACACAGCCCUGUCUUCCUAGACGGAGUAUUCUAUUUUCUAGACAUCAAUGGAAGGCUUGGAGUCAUAGACCCGAAUGAGGACGAGAUGGAGUUUAGCGUCCUGAAAAAGCCGGAUCAACCGAUACGUGGGAGCGCUGACGUGCAUCUUGAGGAAUGGGACUACAACUAUCUGGUGGAGUGGAAGGGGGAGCUAAUCGCCAUUUUCAGGGAGAAUGGUGAUGCAUCAGUCCGAAUGUUCAAGCUAGAAAGGUCUCAGAUGGUUUGGUUGGAGUUGCAAGAGAUGGAGGACGCGGCUGUGUUCUGGGAUAGGAGCAAUGCUCUGAUUGUCGUGUCACCCCCCGAAGAAGAUUUGUGCAACAAGAUGUUCCUACCAAACUAUAAUGAGACCAAUGGCGGUGGCAGGCUGCACACGUUCUACUCAUUUCGGGAGCAAUGCUAUUGCCCUUCCUUCUGUGCCAAGGAGCCCAUGAAUGCCAUAUGGUUCCAGCUAGACUUGGACGUACUUACGGCGACUGAUCAGUAGUGCAUGUUAUUUCCCAUUUGACCGAAGAUCCUAGACAAGUGUUCUUGGAAAUUCCAUUGUAGGUAGCCAAGGAAGAAGCACUGCAUAGGGCCUAAACAUUUUUGUCGUGAAACAACUAAAAAGUAUCUUGGGAUGUUUAAAAUUUGAUUUAAUUCCAUAUAUGCCAUUGGGAUUUUGCUC